UUCAUUGUUAAGUUGCUCAACAGCUGGUAUUAUGAACAUUUUAGGGGGUUUGUUUUGGAGCACUCUGGGAAGGUGACCCUGCUCGGCAUAGAGCAACUUAGUGAUACAUACCCACUGACACCAUACUAUGUGGGAGGGAAAUGCAUGGUCAGUUUAAAACGACAUGUUAUUAUCCAGUAUUAGGUCAGUAAAAGCUGUAUUUGUUUUUGUACAGAUGGACCCUGUUGUUCUGAAGGUGAUUAUUGAUCAUCAUAGUGAGAAGCUCACACUGUCACCAGGGAUUCCAGAUACAGUGGAGCAAUUGCAUAAGACUGUGAAGGACACAUUUCAGAUUCAUGAAGAAUUCACUCUUCAUUACCUUGACGAGGACUUUGGAGAUUUCUUCACAAUUCAUUCUACUAAGGACGUUAAACAUAAGGGAACAAUCAAAGUGGUUGUCAUUCCUUCCAUAGUGCUCACAACGGUACCACCAGAGACUGAAAAUGUGGCAGAUGUAAGUGAUGUGAGUGACACUUCCAGCUUUACUUCAAAAACGUUGCCUUCACAGUCAUCCUGUAGUUCUGUAGACUACCAGUCAGAUGGCUCAUCGGUGUCAUCACAAGAUACUAUAUUGUUGAGCCCUGAACGGGCAUUGUGGCCAAGUGAAGUUGAAAUUCCACUUUUUUCAGUUGCAACAGAGGCAGUACUCAGGAAUGCAAAUGAACUGUUUUUGAAAGAUGGCACUGUCCUCAACAACACCCGGGUCAAGUCUGAAAUAAUGGAAAAGCUGGCAGAUUACAUGUACAUUUACACUGCCUAUCCUACAGGCCUUCAGGUUGGACAGGUUGCAGAAGCCUUAGUCCAAAAACAUCCAUGUCUAACAGAACCCGGAAGUCGCAACGGAUGGAUUGGAUGGAUGUACAGCCUCAAAUACAAAAUGGGAAAUUAUAGGUCCAAGUUAAGAAAUCUUGGAUUUCCUGAAGUCACGUGCAAUUCUCUUAAAAACAAACGUCCUGGUGAGAGGAAACCAGCCCAAAAUGUUAAAAAGGCACGCAAAGGGGAAGUGAUGUAUCUCCCACAUUAUCCUUCAGGAGAAAGCUCUGAACAACAAGAGGCACAGCGGCUAACAAUCCUGUCCGAACUAAAGAAGAGAGAGAGGGCGACCGUCAGCCAAUUGAUGUCCAACACUUUUGCUCAUAGAAGACAGGAUGUUGUCAGUCUUCAACUGAGCAUCAGAGAGAUCAAAGAAAGGUGGCCUGCCUUGUUUGACAUGUCACAGGUCAACGCAGAGUUCCAUCGAAUAACCACCAUAAAUCUUGAGGCCAAAUUCAUGUUCAAGUUGGACCACUACACCCCGAAACUCCUUGCCAUCUUCCAGGCCAAGAAAGGUGCUGCUGCAGAGAGACAUCGUGCAGAGAUGAAUAUUCUACUGCAGAGUGGAAUUCCUAUUGAGAAAACUAGAGAAGUUGUCAUCAGAUGCCUCAUUGAUCACCUGGGAGAAGAUGUCGGUGCCUUAAUCAAGGAGUUUGAGACUUCUGGUGACUCAGCCAUCGAUGUGGAAGAAGAGCUCGGAGCAGAAAUGAUGGCUCUGUACCUUGUGCAAAGUGCAAAUGGACAAAUCGUGGACGUAGGAAUCGUCAUCGAGGGUUCCAUUGUACUCAACCACCUUGAUGAUCUCAGCAGAGCCUGCUGCUACUUGCUUGGGCUAACUUAUGCCUUGGAUCUUAAAUACCCAAAAACUCACAAGUACACUUUUGAAGUAUUUCAGAAGAUGCUUGUUGAAGUGGAUGCUGGGAACCUGUCAACAAAGGUGCAAAGACUGAAAAACAACGUGAUGAUAUAGAUAUCUGUUGAGUGAGCACAGCUGAGACUCAAACAUAGAACUAUGCGUGUAAGGCAAAAACAGACUCUACCCAUUGCACAUUUACAUUGUGUUGUGUUGUGUUCAUCAUUUCUGAGCCACAAGACUGGUUACUGGGCAUUAUAUAUGUAGAUUUUGUAUCGAGGACCAUUCAGACUACCAGCAAAAAGAGGUGCAUUCUGGAUUUUUUUUCCAGCAAGAACAAAGGACAAUUAUGCAUCACAUGUUCUGUGAUGUGCUCCACAACCUCUUAGAAGGAGUAAUACCAUUGGAGAUAGUACUAUGUCUUAACUUGUUUGUAAAGCGUUAUUUAACUCUGUUACAACUGAACAUUUUAAUUGCAGAGUUUCCAUACAUUUGGACCGACAACACUGACCGCCCUCCUGCUAAAACUUUCUUCUCGCAGAUCUAUCAGCGGAAACGCACACGAGAACUGGACACUGAGAUUGUUACCAUUCAUCAUUGGGACUAAAGUGCCAUUCACUGAACCUGUGUGGCAAGUCUGUCUCUGCACAGACUGCACAUCUGAUUUCUUUUUGAUUUCAUAUUUACCACAAGGCUUCAAUUUUUUCAACUAUAGAGUGUUGAGGCCAGAAAUAACUUUGUUCUUCUAAAGAAGAAGUUUUUGUAUUUUCAGUUUGAAGUAUUUGGAAAUGUGAGAAAAGCACAAGAGUUGACUAUUGUAUCGUCACAUCUAAACAUGAAGCCACAUACUAUAUGCUGGAGAUGAUGUUUGCCGUUAUGUUACAGAUUGAAAGGUGUAACUAUUCAUCAAUGUGUUUAGUGUUAAGAUUACACCUAGCAUUAAUAUUCAUUUCUAUCUUUUUUUUCCAUGGCCAUUUGGCAAGAAGUAUUUGUUUGAUCUUGUAGCAGUUUCAAAUGUGCUGCUGUAGGUUGUGUCCCCAUAACUUGAGUGUUAAGACAGACGGACAAGGUAAAUAAAGUUGGUGAUUGAGAUAGGGAAAAUCACAGUUGAAUCCUUCUGUUGUGAUACAACUCCAGUUCUCGUGGAGAAUUUUG